CUUCUUUCUCCCGGAAGUCUAUAAUUGACUUCGACCGUUAUCCUUAUUAGGUUUAUUUUGGAACAUUACGUCAUUGUACAUAAGAGGGAAGUAUGUGGGGUCGAUAGGUAGCGUUAGCUUCGCCGGCGACGGUUUUAUUGCGGUAGAGUGUCUGCGGAGUGUGUCGGGCUGCAGGGCACACGAUCUGGAACAGUGAGUCGCCGCAUCGCCUGUACUUUCUACGUCAAUAUCGCCCCGUACAUACAUAAUCGAGGCUUGAUCAGAAUACAGAUAGUGUUGUGCCUACUGCAGUGCUGUAGUGUAUUGAUUUCUAUUUUCUGGAAAGUGGUUUUAAAAGAUAGUUUGACACAACCAACAUGGAACAGAUCCCGCCUCCCAAAGAGGUGAAGAUCCUCGAGACUGCCGAGGAUAUUCAGGAGCGACGUGAGCAGGUGCUCAAUCGCUAUGAAGACUUCAAGCAAGAAGCUCGUGCCAAGCGUGAGAAACUGGAGGACUCUCGUCGUUUCCAGUACUUCAAGCGUGAUGCUGACGAACUCGAGUCCUGGAUCCAAGAGAAGCUCCAGGCUGCCAGUGAUGAGAGCUACAAAGACCCUACCAACCUUCAGGCUAAGAUCCAAAAGCACCAGGCUUUCGAAGCUGAAGUGGCGGCACACUCGAACGCCAUCGUGGUCCUGGACAACACCGGCAGUGAGAUGAUCUCGGCCGGGCACUUCGCGUCGGAGACCAUCCGGCGACGCUUGGACGAGCUGCACCGCCUGUGGGAGCUGCUGCUCUCGCGCCUCGCCGAGAAGGGCAUGAAGCUGCAGCAGGCGCUCGUGCUCGUGCAGUUCCUCAGGCACUGCGAUGAAGUCAUGUUCUGGAUACAUGAUAAGGAGACAUUCGUAUGCGCGGACGAGUUCGGCUCGGACCUGGAGCACGUGGAGGUGCUGCAGCGCAAGUUCGACGAGUUCCAGAAGGACAUGGCCGCGCAGGAGUACCGCGUCACAGAGGUCAACCAGCUGGCCGAGCGGCUCGUGCUCGAGGGACACCCCGAGAGGGAAACCAUCGUCAAGAGGAAGGAUGAGCUAAACGAAGCCUGGCAGCGUCUCCGCCAGAUGGCUCUGAUGCGUCAGGAGCGCUUGUUCGGCGCGCACGAGAUCCAGCGCUUCAACCGCGACGCUGACGAGACCAUCGCCUGGAUCUCCGAGAAGGAUGUAGUGCUGGGCUCCGAUGACUACGGCAGGGACCUGGCCACCGUGCAGACGCUGCAGCGCAAGCACGAGGGCGUCGAACGUGACCUGGCGGCUCUAGAAGACAAGGUGUCGACCCUGGACGGUGAGGCGGCGCGCCUGGCCGCUAUUCACGCUGACCACGCCCCCGCUAUACACAGCAAGCGCGACGAGAUCACGCUGGCCUGGCAGAAGCUAGUGCAGAAAGCUAAGGAGCGUCGUUCCGAGUUGGAGUCAUCAUACGCUCUGCACCGUUUCUUGGCCGACUACCGCGACCUGAUGUCGUGGGUGAGCGACAUCCGCGCGCUCAUCGCGGCCGACGACCUCGCCAAGGAUGUGCCCGGCGCAGAGGCGCUGCUCGAGAAACACCAGGAGCAUAAGGGCGAGAUGGACGCGCGCUCGGACGUGAUGGAGGCGUGCGCGGCGGCGGGCGCGGCGCUGGUGGGCGCGGGGCACCGCGCGGCGCCCGACGUGCAGGCGGCGCUGGCCGCGCUGCAGCGGGACUCCGCCGCGCUGCACGCGCUGUGGGACCAGCGCCGCGUGCUGUACCUGCAGUGCAUGGACCUGCAGCUCUUCUACCGCGACACCGAGCAGGCCGACGCCUGGAUGCACAAGCAGGAGGCUUUCCUCGCUAACGAAGACGUAGGAGACUCUUUGGACUCAGUGGAAGCGCUACUUAAGAAACACGAGGACUUUGAGAAGUCGCUCGUAGCUCAGGAGGAGAAGAUCAAGGCCUUAGAUGAGUUCGCGUCGAAACUCAUUGAGGGACAGCAUUACGCUGCUGACGACGUCGCUCAGAGAAGGGAAAUGUUGCUCGAGAGACGCGCAGCGUUGCUUGAGAAGUCGAGCCAGCGCCGCGCUCUGCUCGAAGAUGCUUACAAGUACCAGCAGUUCGAGCGCGACUGCGAUGAGACCAAGGGCUGGAUUAACGAGAAGCUGAAGUUCGCGACGGACGACUCGUACCUGGACCCUACCAACCUGAACGGCAAGGUGCAGAAGCACCAGAACUUCGAGCAGGAGCUCCAGGCCAACAAGCCGCGCAUCGACGAGAUCACACUCACCGGACAACGACUGCUCGAACAGGAGCACUUUGCUAAACCUCAAAUCGAGGCUCGCGUUGGCGAGUUAGCCGGCAUCUGGGAGAAGCUGGCCGCGGCGUCCGAGUUGAAGGGCAGCAAGCUGGAGGAGGCGGCGGCGCAGCAACACUACAACCGCGCCGUCGAGGACAUCGAGCUGUGGCUGUCCGAGGUCGAGGGGCAGCUGCUCAGUGAGGACUACGGCAAGGACCUGACAAGUGUGCAGAACCUUCAGAAGAAGCACGCGCUGCUCGAAGCUGACGUGAGCUCGCACGCCGAGCGCAUCGACGCCAUCCGCACGCAGGCCGAGCAGUUCAUCGAGAGAGGACACUUCGACGCCGACAACAUCAAGACUAAGAGGGAUGGUCUGGUAGGCCGUUACGCAGCCUUAGACAAGCCGAUGGCUAUUCGCAAGCGUCGCCUGUUAGACUCGCUGCAGGCGCAGCAGCUGUUCCGGGACCUCGAUGACGAGGCUGCCUGGAUCCGCGAGAAGGAACCUAUCAUCGCCUCCACCAACAGAGGCCGCGACCUGAUUGGCGUGCAGAACCUGAUGAAGAAGCACCAGGCCGUGAUGGGCGAGAUGGCGCAGCACGAGGCGCGCGUGGACGCCGUGCGGGCCGCCGGCGCCGCGCUGCGGGACGCCGGACACUUCGCCGCCGAGGACAUCGCCGCGCGCCUGCAGCAGCUGCACGCGCAGUGGACGCAGCUGCAGGACAAGGCCGCGCAGCGCAAACAAGACCUAGAAGACUCUCUCCAAGCUCAGCAGUACUUCGCUGACGCCAAUGAAGCCGAGUCUUGGAUCCGCGAGAAGGAGCCAAUGGCUAACACGCACGACUACGGCAAGGACGAGGACUCGUCCGAGGCGCUGCUGAAGAAGCACGAGGCGCUGCUCUCCGACCUGGAGGCCUUCGGGAACACCAUCAAGUCGCUCAGGGAACAGGCCGACGGGUGCAGGCAACAAGAGUCCCCCGUGGUGGACGUGUCGGGCAAGGAGUGCGUGGUGGCGCUGUACGACUACGCGGAGAAGUCUCCGCGCGAGGUGUCCAUGAAGCGCGGCGACGUGCUCACCCUGCUCAACUCCAACAACAAGGACUGGUGGAAGGUGGAAGUCAACGACCGCCAAGGCUUCGUGCCCGCCGCCUACGUCAAGAAGAUCGACGCCGGCCUCUCGUCCUCGCAGCAGAACCUCGCUGAUUCCAGCUCUAUCGCUGCCCGACAAAACCAGAUCGAAGGGCAAUAUGACAACUUGCUGGGAUUGGCGCGCGAGCGACAGAACAAGCUCAAUGAGACCGUCAAGGCGUACGUGCUGGUGCGCGAGGCCGCCGAGCUCGCCACCUGGAUCAAGGACAAGGAAAUGCACGCUCAAGUGCAAGACGUGGGCGAGGACCUGGAGCAGGUGGAGGUGAUGCAGAAGAAGUUCGACGACUUCCAGAACGACCUCCGCGCCAACGAGGUGCGCCUCGCCGAGAUGAACGAGAUCGCCGUGCAGCUCAUGACCGUCGGGCAGACCGAGGCCGCGCUCAAGAUCAAGACGCAGAUGCAGGAACUGAACUCGAAAUGGACGUCCCUGCAACAACUGACGGCCGAGCGCGCCGUCCAGCUGGGCUCGGCGCACGAGGUGCAGCGCUUCCACCGCGACGUGGACGAGACCAAGGACUGGAUCGCGGAGAAGGAGGCCGCGCUCGCCACCGAUGACCUCGGCAAGGACCUGCGCUCCGUGCAGACGCUGCAGCGUAAACAUGAGGGUCUGGAGCGUGACUUGGCCGCUUUAGGAGAUAAGAUCCGCCAGCUGGACGACACCGCCAACAGGCUGAUGUCCACGCAUGGCGACUCAGCCGACGCUACCUACAGCAAGCAGCGCGAGAUCAACGAGGCCUGGCAGCAGCUGCAGGCCAGGGCCAACGCUAGGAAGGAGAAGCUGCUCGACUCUUACGACCUGCAGAGGUUCCUCUCAGACUACCGCGACUUGAUGGCGUGGAUCAACUCCAUGAUGGCGCUGGUCAGCUCCGAAGAGCUGGCCAAUGACGUCACCGGCGCCGAAGCUUUGCUCGAAAGACAUCAGAGCCAGCGUUUGGAGAUAGACGCGCGGUACGGCAUAAUGCCGCAGGAGCACCGCACGGAGAUGGACGCCCGCGCCGGCGCGUUCCAGGCGCUGGAGCUGUUCGGCCAGCAGCUGCUGCAGGGCGGACACUACGCCAGCGUCGACAUCCAGGAGAAGCUCAACAACAUGAGCGACGCGCGCCAGGAGCUCGAGAAAGCAUGGGUGGGUCGCCGCAUGAAGCUGGACCAGAACCUGGAGCUGCAGCUGUUCUACCGCGACUGCGAGCAGGCGGAGGGCUGGAUGGGAGCGCGCGAGGCAUUCCUCUCGCCCGCUAAGGACGCGCCCGACGCCGCUGACGCCGCCGACGCCGCGCAGCCCGACAACGUCGAGCAGCUCAUCAAGAAGCACGAGGACUUCGAUAAGGCUAUCAAUGCUCACGAGGAGAAGAUCGCUCAGCUGCAGACGCUGGCCGACCAGCUGAUGGCGUCCGAGCACUACGCGGCCGACGCCAUCGACGACAAGCGCCGCCAGGUGCUCGACCGCUGGCGACACCUCAAGGAGGCGCUCAUCGAAAAGAGAUCCAGAUUGGGAGAUGAGCAGACCCUGCAGCAGUUCUCUCGCGACGCCGACGAGAUGGAAAACUGGAUUGCCGAGAAGCUGCAGCUCGCCACCGAGGAGAGCUACAAGGACCCGGCCAACAUCCAGUCGAAGCACCAGAAGCACCAGGCCUUCGAGGCGGAGCUGGCGGCCAACGCCGAGCGCAUCCAGUCCGUGCUGGCCAUGGGAGGCAACCUCGUGCAGCGGGGACAGUGCAGCGGCAGCGAGGACGCCGUGCAGGCUCGCUUAGCAUCCAUCGCGGACCAAUGGGAGUUCUUGACGCAGAAGACGACGGAGAAAUCUCUGAAACUGAAGGAGGCCAACAAGCAGCGCACCUACAUCGCCGCUGUCAAGGAUCUCGACUUCUGGCUUGGAGAGGUUGAGAGUCUACUGACAUCAGAGGACUCUGGCAAGGACCUGGCCUCGGUACAGAAUCUCAUGAAGAAGCACCAGUUGGUGGAAGCCGACAUACAGGCGCACGAGGACAGGAUCAAUGACAUGAACGGCCAGGCGGACGCGCUGGUGUCGAGCGGCCAGUUUGACAGCGCGGGCAUCGGGUCGCGGCGCGCCGCCAUCAACGAGCGCUUCGAGCGCGUGCGGAACCUGGCCGCACACCGCCGCGCCAGGCUACACGAGGCCAACACGCUGCACCAGUUCUUCAGGGACAUCGCCGACGAGGAGUCCUGGAUCAAGGAGAAGAAACUGUUGGUCGCUUCCGACGACUACGGCCGCGAUCUGACCGGUGUGCAAAACUUGCUCAAGAAGCACAAGCGUCUGGAAGCCGAGCUGGCAAGCCACGAGCCCGCCAUCCAGGCCGUCCAGGAGGCCGGAGAGAAGCUGAUGGACGUGUCCAACCUCGGCGUGCCCGAGAUCGAGCAGCGGCUGAAGGCCCUCGCCCUGGCCUGGGCCGAGCUGCAGGCGCUGGCGGCCGAGCGUGGCGCCAAGCUGCAACAGUCGCUCGCCUACCAACAGUUCUUGGCGAAGGUCGACGAGGAAGAGGCUUGGAUCAGUGAGAAGCAGCAGCUCGUGGUCGUGGGCGAGUGCGGCGACAGCAUGGCGGCCGUGCAGGGGCUGCUGAAGAAGCACGAGGCGCUGGAGGCGGAGCUGGCGGCGCGCGGGGAGCGCGUGAAGGACCUGGCGGCGGACGGCGAGCGCCUGCUGGCGGCCGGCAACCUGCACGCCGACGCGCUGGCGCACCGCAUCCGCGCGCUGCAGGCCAAGCUCGACAAGCUCACGGGGCUGGCCGCCCGGCGCAAGGCCGCGCUCGUCGACAACUCGCUCUACCUGCAGCUGCUGUGGAAGGCCGACGUCGUCGAGUCCUGGAUCGCCGACAAGGAGACGCACGUGCGCUCCGACGAGUUCGGCCGCGACCUGUCCACCGUGCAGACGCUGCUCACCAAGCAGGACACCUUCGACGCCGGUCUAGCGGCUUUCGAGCACGAGGGCAUCCAAAACAUAACAUCGCUGAAGGAGCAGCUGGUGGCGGCUGGUCACGAGCAGACACAGGCCAUCGUGAAGCGUCACGGUGAUGUCAUCGCCCGCUGGCAGCGCCUGCUGGCCGACUCCGCCGCCCGCAAGCAGCGUUUGCUGCAGCUGCAGGACCAGUUCCGCCAGAUCGAAGAGCUCUACCUCACCUUCGCCAAGAAGGCGUCAGCUUUCAACUCUUGGUUCGAGAACGCAGAGGAGGACCUCACGGACCCCGUGCGCUGCAACUCAAUCGAAGAGAUCCGCGCGCUUAGGGAUGCGCAUGCGCAAUUCCAAGCAUCGCUGUCAUCGGCCCAAAGUGACUUCGAGGCGUUAGCGGCCCUGGACGAGCAAAUCAAGUCGUUCAACGUGGGUGCCAACCCCUACACCUGGUUCACCAUGGAAGCUCUCGAGGAGACCUGGCGCAACCUGCGCAAGAUCAUAGCCGAGCGCGACGUAGAGCUGACGAAGGAGGCUCACCGCCAGGAGGAGAACGACAAACUGCGCAAGGAGUUCGCCAAACACGCGAACGCCUUCCACCAGUGGCUCACCGAGACUCGGUACCGGCUGCUAGGCUGGGACGGUACAUCCAUGAUGGAGGGUACGGGGUCGCUGGAGCAGCAGCUGGCCACGCUGCGGCAGCGCGCCGGCGAGGUGCGUGCGCGCAGGGCUGACCUCAGGCGGCUGGAAGAACUAGGCGCGGCAUUGGAGGAGCACCUGAUCCUGGACAACCGCUACACCGAGCACAGCACGGUGGGACUUGCCCAGCAGUGGGACCAGCUCGACCAGCUGUCCAUGCGCAUGCAGCAUAACCUCGAGCAGCAGAUACAGGCCAGGAACCACUCUGGUGUAAGCGAGGAUGCCUUGAAGGAGUUCUCGAUGAUGUUCAAGCACUUCGACAAGGACCGCUCGGGCCGCCUCAACCACCACGAGUUCAAGUCGUGUCUGCGUGCGCUCGGCUACGACCUGCCCAUGGUGGAGGAGGGACAACCCGACCCCGAGUUCGAGGCCAUACUCAAUGUGGUGGACCCGAACCGCGACGGUCAAGUAUCCCUCCAAGAGUACAUGGCGUUCAUGAUCAGCAAGGAAACCGAGAACGUCCAUUCCUCCGAGGAGAUAGAGAAUGCGUUCCGCGCUAUCACAGCGCACCAGGACCGCUCCUACGUCACCAAGGAUGAACUCUACGCCAACCUCACGAAGGAGAUGGCGGACUACUGCGUAGCGCGCAUGAAGCCCUACGUGGACAACAAGACGGAGCGGCCCAUCCCCAACGCUCUCGACUACAUCGACUUCACUCGCACGCUCUUCCAGAACUAGACGCACCACGCGCCGCCCGCGCAGUACAUUAUUUAACGCAUUAAAUACAAAAAGAAAAACAUGUUUUUUAAUUUGUGACGUAUUCCCAUCUUACGAGUACUGCGCGGCCGACCGCGCGAUCAGCUUGCAUUUGCAUUACUAUUUAUAUAGCACUAUUAAAUGUUCUAUUAUUCCAGAAGUUUAUAGACUGAAUAUUAAAAGCAUUUCUAAAAUUAAUUCACAUCGUAGCUUUAGAGUCUGUAUAACUUGGACUUAAAAACAAUAUUGACAUAAAAUAGUAAGUUGAUGUCGGUGCGUUGUCGUUUCGGAAGGCUGUGCUUGUGUUCGGCGAGCGAGCAAGCGCACGUGCCCCGAGCGGUCAACGUUCACGUCGUGUCACUACUUGCGUAGUCACCUUGUACCUUAUGGUAUAUGCAGUAAGGGUGAGAAUUCCUUUUCUCUGAUGCGAGCAGAGAGAUACGAAGCUGCCAGUCUCUACGACUUGACGUCAGUAUUAACUAAUUAUAACGUUUGGUAAUAUAAACUUUCUCUUUGAAUUUUCAA